AACCUUAGUAUUUUUGCACCACCAUCUCGAGCGGACAAACAACAGCAGCGAAACAUGACCGGAGAAACAGUGAUUUUAGCCUACUCUGGUGGCUUGGACACCAGCUGCAUCCUCAAGUGGCUGCUGGACCAGCAGUACGAAGUAAUCUGCGUUCUAGCUGAUGUUGGCCAGAAGGAGGACUUUGUCGCCGCCGAAAAAAAAGCCCUCAAGAUCGGAGCCAAGAAGGUGAUCGUGGCCGAUGUUAAGCAGUCGUUCGUUGAGGACUACAUUUGGCCGGCCAUCCAGAUGGGUCUUGUCUACGAGGAGCGUUACCUGUUGGGUACCUCGCUGGCACGUCCAUGCAUCAGCGUGGCCUUAAUGGAAGCGGCCCGCCAAUGCGGAGCAAAAUACCUGGCCCAUGGAGCCACCGGCAAGGGCAACGACCAGGUGCGAUUCGAGCUGUGUGCCUACGCCCUCAAGCCGGAUCUUCAGAUCAUCGCUCCCUGGCGGGAUGUGGAGUUCUGCCGGCGGUUUCAGGGCCGCCAAGAUCUCAUCGCCUAUGCCCAGGAGCACGGAAUCGAGGUGAGCGCCAAGCCGGCUACACCCUGGAGCACUGAUGCCAACAUUAUGCACAUCAGCUACGAGUCUGGCGUUCUCGAGGAUCCCAAUACUGUGGCUCCGGGUAAUCUCUACGAGAUGACCGUUGAUCCCCUAACAAAGGCGCCCCGAGACCCAGUUUGUGUGGUCAUUGGAUUUGACCACGGACUUCCCACCUCUGUGGAGGAUUUGGCCGGCAGUCGGGUCUACACGAAGCCUCUGGAGAUGCUGCAAUUUCUGAACGAGCUGGGUGGAUCGUACGGCAUUGGACGGAUUGACAUUGUAGAGAAUCGGUAUGUGGGAAUGAAGUCCCGUGGGGUGUAUGAGACGCCCGGAGGCACUAUUCUGUACGCAGCCCACCAGGACCUCGAGGUGUUUGCCCUGGACCGCGAGGUACUUCGCACCAAGCAGGUCCUGCGGGAUCGAAUGGCCGACUACGUGUACAACGGCUUCUGGUUCAGUCCGGAGGCCAUCUAUGCCCGCCGUUGCAUUGAGAUGGCCCAACAAAGGGUCUCUGGCCAGGUGACCAUGGAACUGGCUCCAGGCUACUGUCGAGCUAUCGCCCGCAAGGCUUCAAAGGAUGGCGGAGCCCUCUACAAUGAGCAGCUCGUUUCCAUGGACGUCCACGGCGGUUAUGUGCCCCAAGAUGCUGGCGGUUUCAUAGCCAUCAAUGCGGUCCGGAUAAGGGAGCAUGUCCGGGCAUUCGGACCCUACGAAGUGCCCAAGCGGGCCAAAUAAAAGAUAAAUAAAUGCAAUUUGAAAAAUG